ACGUAAGAUGUCUGUGUCGCUGCUGUAUCUAUUCGUUUUGGGCCUAACAGCUCCAUGGGUUUUUGCGAAUCACGAUGACCCCCACCAGUGGCAGGUUACCACUGACGAUCGGGGUCAUAUGCAUCUGGUAAGCUUGGAUCCGUACGCUGACCCGCUAUUCGACCACCCAGCACCACUGUUUAAUCCGGAACAGGACACCCACUUCUACCUGUACACCCGUUCAAUGCCGGAAUAUCCUCAGAUCAUCGCUAACAACGAUUACGAUUCGGUGAUGUAUUCGAAAUUCAACGCGAGUGACCCGACUCGAAUCGUUAUCCACGGUUGGGGAGGUAGCCUGAACUCGCAAAUCAAUGGACAUAUUCGCACGCAGCUGUUCAACGUGGGAGAGUUCAACGUAAUCUUCGUCGAUUGGAGUGUCGGAAAUGACGCAUUCUAUCCGAACUCUCGUCAGCUGGUGUAUCCGGUUGGGAUUGCGACUUCAAAUUUGAUCGAUUUCCUUGUUAGAACGAAGAAUCUUAGGCGAGAGGAUGUGGUCGUGAUCGGACAUAGUUUAGGUGCGCAUGCAGCUGGGAAUGUUGGAAAGGGACAGAUGGGACGACUACCGGCGAUUAUAGGAUUGGAUCCGGCGCUGCCGUUUUUCGCAAUGAAUUCGGUGGACAGAAUCAAGGAUACGGAUGCGGAGUACGUAGAAGUGAUUCACACGAAUGGUGGUGUGCUUGGCUUCAUGGAACCGUUGGGAGAUGCGGACUUCUAUCCAAACUGGGGAAGAAUUCAACCUGGUUGUGGAGUGGACGUUGAUGGAAGUUGUGCCCAUCAGCGAGCGGUGGAUUAUUACGUGGAAUCAAUUUCUUCGCGAGUUGGAUUCGUCGCUAGUCAGUGUUCCAGUUUCCAGGACAUUCGAAGUGGAAUGUGCUCGGAGACUGGAUUUUCUGUGCGGAUGGGCGGUGAGCCAACGAAUAGUGGAACGGGAGUGAAGGGGGUUUUCUUUGUUGCUACCGCUGGAGGCAGGCCUUUUGUGAAUGAGUGUUAAUUUUGUUU